GAGGAGACACAGAGAGGAGGUGAGACGGAGAGAGGAGAUGAUGAUGGUGUUUGGAUGUUGAAUCUUUUUAUAUUUUUAUAUUCUUUUUAUUUUAUAGUCCAGAAGAAAAAAGUUUGUGUUAGUUCAGAGCAGAAGAGCCGAUGAGGAGAAACAGGAGGAAGAGGAAGACACUGAUGAAAUAGGAGGAGAACCAGGAGGAGAACCAGGGGGAGAUCCAGGAGGAGAACCGGGAGGAGGAAGACACUGAUGAAAUAGGAGGAAAACCAGGAGGAGAACCAGGGGGAGAUCCAGGAGGAGAACCACGUACAUACAGUCACGUACUAUCACAUACUUUUACGGAUUUCACCAAACAACACCGCUAACAUGCUCGACUUCCUGAUCUAUAAGAGAGCAGCAGGCUUUGCACCAAUCAGCAGUCGGUUAGUUUUUAACAUCACAGUGCUGUUGGGGACUAUUUCCAGAUAGUGGUUCUCUAGUGAGUCAUGGUGGCAACAGGAUGGUGAGUCAAAGUAAACUACAUUUCCCUGUUUAUUAGUGACCAGCAGACGUGAUCAUGAUGAGUGAAGAACAUGAACCCAGUCUACUGUCAACCUGCUGAGACCAGAACACCUGGGACAGGUGACACCAAGGUGAGACCUGAACACAACACUGUCCAAACCUACCAACACACUACACACCCCGACAGGACGCUUGCUGUGUCCAGAUGUUGAGAGCACCCCAGCAGCUGUGUUCAGGGCCUCCAUCAUGGACAAUGUGACAACUGACAGCCCUCCAGGUGAGGCGUACCUGCAGGACUACAACUACCUGGCCCUGGUCCUCGGUGUCCCCCUAAUCCUGGUCAUCAUCCUGGGCAACGUCCUGGUGUGUCUGAGCGUGCUCACUGAGCGCUCCCUGAAAACCGCCACCAACUACUUCAUCGUCAGCCUGUCGGUGGCCGACCUGCUACUGGCGUUGCUGGUGCUGCCGCUCUACGUCUACUCUGAGUUUCUCGGCGGUAUUUGGACAUUGAGUACCUCCCUCUGUGAUGCUCUGAUGACCAUGGACGUGAUGCUGUGCACCGCCUCCAUCCUCAACCUGUGUGCCAUCAGCGUGGACAGGUACAUCGCCGUGGUGGUCCCUCUGAAGUACAACAGGAACCAGUUCAGUGUCCGUCAGCUGGCGCUCAUCGCUGCUACCUGGCUAUUGUCUCUGGGCUUGGCGAGCCCGGUCAUCUUCGGUCUGAACCAGGUGCCGGGUCGCGACCCCAGCGUGUGCAAACUGGAGAACGACCACUUUGUGGUGUACUCGUCCAUCUGCUCUUUCUUCGUGCCGUGUCCCGUCAUGCUCUUCUUGUAUUAUUGGAUGUUUCGAGGCCUGAGGCGAUGGAGCAGUCGCAGCCGAUGUCAGGCCGGUCCAGCCGGUCGUCGAGCUCUCUCUUCACGUCUCGGCUUGGCUUUACGGCGAGCGAAUGCGACGACGACCGGGAAUCGAGAGAAGGUCACGUACGCCGUGCCGGCCAGGCUCAGCCCCACCUCUCCAUCCACCGUCUCCACGACGACGCCCUCUGCGACUCUGGCGUCGGAGGAGCAGCGGGAGGGAACUAUGGUCAUGGCAGAGAGCGACCCGAUGACGACGCAGAUGGACAGCGUGUCGGACGGCGAGCCCACAAAGAGGAGGGAGAAAGGCCCGAUGAAGACAAAGAGAGGAAGAAGAAACAGUAAGAGCAGCAGAGUCAGUGGCAGAGAACGGAAAGCGAUGAAGGUCCUUCCAAUCGUUGUCGGUGUGUUUCUGGCCUGUUGGACGCCUUUCUUCGUGGUCCAUGUCACCAACGUGUUGUGCCAGUCAUGUGACAUCGGCCCCACCCUCAUCUCCGUGGUAACGUGGCUCGGCUACGUCAACAGCGCCGUCAAUCCGAUUAUCUACACCGUCUUCAACGUCGAGUUCAGAAACGUCUUUCACAAGCUGCUCUGCUGUCGGAUAUGAAACUAAAACUGGGUCCUGUUCACACCUGGCAUCAACAUGCAUCCUGAAUGAUCCGGUCACAAAUGGACAGCUGUACGUCAGUUCACACCUGGCAUCAACAUCAGUGAUCCGAUCACAAUAUCAGGGUAUUUUCAUAUUGUCUAGCAGUAGUCAGAUUACUGUCUGGCAGUAGUCAGAUUACUGUCUGGCAGUAGUCAGAUUCCCUUUUGGCAGUAGUCAGAUUACUCUUAUGUACAGGUUUAUUAAUGUUCUUUGAUAUCUGGGUAUUUUCAUGUUGAUAGCAGUAGUCAGAUUACUGUCUAGCAGUAGUCAGAUUACUCUUAUGUACAGGGUUAUUACUGUUCUUUGAUAUCAGAGUAUUGUCGUGUUGUUUUUUUAAAGAUCAGUGUUGACGUAUUUUUAUUAGUUUUUACAGAAACGUUCAUGAAUAUUUUUAAAAACAGAAAACUGAAAUGUGUCCAUGAGAGCAAACAGAAAUAUUGUGUUGAAGUUUAUUAAAGAGGAAGUUGUUGUUUGUGGUAUUUUGAUGCGUGAAGUUCAAUGAUAAACAGAUUUAAUCAUCAGAUACAGUGACCUUACUGCUGAGGAGGACACACUUCACUGGUAUAUUGUACUUUUUACCGUACUACAUGUACUUGUGCCGGUAACAUAUUUUAUAUUCAGUAUGAAACCAUGUCUCUUAAUGAUCACAUUUAAAUAUUAAUAAAUGACUGCAGCAGAU